CAUUCAAUUUGUAGUGAUUGGAGGCGAUUGGAUAACUUAACAAAAAUGUCAAGAAAUCUAAUUGCAUUCGCUUUUUUGUGGCUAUCGGCAUUGUGUGUGGUCCAUUGUGAAAGCCUGGAGGGUCGAAUAUCCGCUUUGGAAACACAGCUCGAGAACAAGGACGAAUUGAUAGCUAUGCUGAGAAUCAAAACCAUAAGCGAACAAGAAAAAAUCGAACAACUAGAGAAGAGACUCUCCGAGUUUAUGCUACAGAACAACAAAUGCCAAUUCUCCAGCUGCCUAUGCAAAUCUACCGAUUUGCAUGAAAUAAAAGUUCCCGGCACGGAACCGUUUCAAGUUUCCUGCGACUCGACUUUAGCCGGAUCCGGUUGGACCGUUGUUCUACGUCGUAUUAAUGGCAAUGUGAAUUUUAAUCGCAACUGGCGAGAAUAUCAACAGGGCUUUGGCGAUUUGCGGGGAGAGUUCUUUAUAGGACUUGAUAAACUGCAUCUUAUAACCAAAUCGCAACCCUACGAAUUGUAUAUAUACCUGCAGAAUUUGAAUAAUGAAACUAGAUUUGCGCGCUACGACAGUUUUGCGAUUGCUGAUGACGAUGCCUCAUUUGAAAUCACCUCUCUGGGUGCUUAUUCGGGAAAUGCCGGUGAUGCGAUGGUUCAUCAUAAAAAUAUGAAAUUCUCAACAUUUGAUCUUGAUAAUGAUAAUAGCAAUAGAAAUUGUGCCGACGAAAAUAGUUCCGGUUGGUGGUUCAACAAUUGUUAUCAUUGCAAUCUGAACGGACCUUAUAACAGUGGAUUUUAUUGGUAUCCAUGGCAAAAAAGUGUGCUUAAAUUUGCUCAAGUUAUGAUCAGACCAAAAGCUCAUUAGAAGUUGUAACUUUAUAUCUGCACUUAAUGAAAAUUAAAAGAAUGUGAAUAAAUAAAACU